AUGCAGCACUAUGGAGUGAAUGGGUACUCUCUUCACGCCAUGAAUUCUCUGAGUGCCAUGUACAACCUCCACCAGCAGGCAGCACAGCAAGCCCAGCAUGCCCCCGACUACAGACCCUCGGUGCAUGCCCUCACCUUGGCAGAGAGACUGGCCGGCUGUACAUUUCAAGACAUCAUUUUGGAGGCCCGCUAUGGAUCCCAGCAUCGUAAACAGAGAAGAAGCCGCACUGCCUUCACUGCCCAGCAGCUGGAAGCCCUGGAGAAAACUUUCCAGAAGACUCACUAUCCAGAUGUGGUGAUGCGGGAGCGACUGGCCAUGUGUACUAACCUCCCAGAAGCCAGAGUUCAGGUUUGGUUUAAGAACAGAAGAGCCAAAUUCCGGAAGAAGCAGCGCAGCCUGCAGAAGGAGCAGCUGCAGAAGCAGAAGGACUCUGAAGGGAGCCACAGCGAGGGGAAGAUGGAAGCCCCCGUGCUGGAAACGCAGACCCCCACCCCGGAUGCGGAGAAAGCCCAGAGCCUGCCAAGCGAGGUAAGCACGGAGCUCAACCUGACACUGUCGGAGCAGUCUGCCAGCGAGUCAGCCACCGAGGACCAGACAGACCGCGAGGAGGAGUUUAAGAGCCCCCUGGAAGAGACCAAAGCAGACAAGAGCCCUAGCGUGGACAGCAAGGCAUUGAACUGCAAGCGAGCAAGUCCUAAAGCAGACUCUCCCAUCAGUGCCACGGUGACCCCCUCCUCCAGCAGCGGCAUGGCGCAGACUCACUCGUACUCCUCCUCGCCCCUGAGUCUCUUCCGCCUGCAGGAGCAGUUCCGUCAGCACAUGGCAGCCACCAACAACUUGGUCCAUUACUCCUCCUUCGAGAUGGGCACCCCGUCGGCCAUGCCCUACCUGGGCAUGAAUGUCAACAUGGCGCCUCUCAGCUCCCUGCAUUGUCAGUCCUACUACCAGUCGCUCUCCCACGCCCAGCAGGUCUGGUCUUCGCCCAUCCUGCAGGCUUCCAGCUCUCUCCCCAGCCUGAACAGUAAAACGACAAGUAUCGAGAAUCUACGGCUCAGAGCCAAGCAACAUGCUGCCUCCCUGGGACUCGACACCUUACCAAACUGA